ACUUAACCAUAAAUAAGAACGAAAAACAAGAGAUACCAAUACAUGUACCCACCCAAAAAGCCACGGUCGUAGAGAAGUCUAUAUAAGGAACACUCAAACAUACCAAAACAAGAAGAAGAAGAAGAACAACAACAACAACAAAAAACAAAGAAAUCAUCAAAAGCAUAAAAAUGGGGAAAGGAGGAAACAAUGUGAAGGUUGGUGCAGCUUCCGAGGUGGAGGAGCUACGACGAAAGAACGUAGAGAUGGAAAAAGAAGUGGAGGAGAUGAAGAAAGAGAUGUUGCAGCUUUGGAGGCGGACACAGGUGGCAGAGGAGGCCGAGGAGCAUCUUUGCUCUCAGCUAGCUGAGCUUGAAGCUGAAUCUUUAGACCAGGCUCGUGAUUACCACUCUCGCAUCAUCUUGCUCAUGAACGAGCUCUCUCGUCUCUCUUCUUCUGACUCAGACUCCGCCUCACCCUAGACAGAUAGAUAUGUUUGUGUAAUGGACAUGUUCUUAGAAUUGUUGGAUUGUGGAUGCAUGAUGUAUCUUCCAACUUGGUUCAUAUCAAUACCAUUUUGUAUAGUUUUUCUUUUCUUUUUUGUUAUUGUAAACUCGAAUUUUCCUUGGACAAUCAAUAUAGUUGAUCAAAAACACAUCGUUGUUGUUUGCUCAUCGAUUUGUCUA